AUGCAUAGGAUACAGGAGACAGCAGCAUUAGAGGGCACGGAAGAGGAGACACUUCCUCCCCUAGACCUCACCGUUCUUAGACAGGACAUUGAGGAGUAUCUGAUCCCCAGCAGCAGCAGCACCAACAGCAGCGGCAGCAAUCACAAGAAACCAGCAGCCGAGCGCCUCCUUGAGUAUUUGCCAUUGUUGAGCUCUUCUAGACUACAGCAGCUUCCUGCUGCUGACCUGCUGCUGCUGCUGCGCGUGUAUAGUCGGCUCCUACCUGCUGUUCCCCCAUCUACACCGGCUGCUGCAGCUGCUUCUGCUGCAGCUGCAGCACUAGAGGGAAAAGCCAUAAGCAGCACCAGCAGCAGCAGCAGCAGCAGCAGCAGCACGCCUACAACAUCAGAUAACAGAGGUGCCAUCUGUCUCCUUCUUAGAAGGGGACUCGUUGCUAUCAUGAAACGCCCCCUUGACUUCAUGCUGCCUUCACAGCUACCUUGUCUCGUGGCUGUCUCCGCUUGCUUGCCCCCCUCGGCUGUCCCCUUUCAUUUUUGGCGGUGUCUCCUUAGAAGGAGCGCGGACGUUGCUCGUCUGCUGUCUCCUUCUGAUGCUGCACGGCUACUACUGGGCAUUGCCUGUCUGCCCCAGCUUCAAGAGGAUGAUGAGGUUCGCCGUGCAGCUGCUGCCAUUUGCUAUAGGCUAACAGCAGCACCGGAGUGUCUGCAGCAGCAGCGGGAGUCUCUUUUGAAUACAAUGGAGGCCCUGCGGAGGCUGCAACUCUUGCAUGUCCCCUUGUUGACAGAUAUAGCUCGCGCGCUGCAGAUGUCCCUUGGCACGGGGGCCCACAGUAAAUCCCAUAAGAAAGGCUCCUCACGUAAGAAUAUGAAGACUUCUUCAGGGAGGUCCUUGAAGGGCCUUGACUCUCCCUCGUUGCCUACUGAUGGCCCUGAGGGUCUCCGCUGCUCGAGCCAUCAAGGUCUACGAGGGACAGGAGACAAGACGCUGAUGGUGGCAGCUCUUAGAUGUUUUGCUGCUACGAAGGCGACAGACUUUCAGACACUAUUCCGCGGCCUUGCAGACAACCUUGUGGAGGAGGUGGAGACACUCAACUUGAGGGAGACAGCCCAAGUGCUGUCUGCUUUAGGCGCUCUUAACUGUUACCCAGAGAAGCUCAUCGCCAACCUACUCCCCCAUGUAGCUGCCUUGCUUGCAGCACAACAGGCCACCGUGUCAGGAGACCAAAGGGACCCAACGACAGCAGCAGCGAAAACUGCAACAUCUCCUGCUGCUGCUGCUGCUGUUACAACAGAUACGCUGCGUAUCUUGCGGUCUUUGGGGCAGCUGCAGAAGCGCGACUCUGCUGUGCUGAGGGAGGUAGCGGCUGUCCUGACAAGUGCAGCUGAGAUGAAGCGUCUCUCCGUACGUGUCUCCCUUUUACCGUAUAUCGAGGCUAAUGGCUAG